CUCGACUGCUCAUCGUGAAAUGCUAUGAACCAUCAAAUCACUUUUAUUUAAGCAACCUCGACAAAGAGUCAUUUAUCGGCUUAAAACUAUUUUAGAGUAAACUUAACUAUGGCGCCAUCAGAAGAUGAAAUCGAGCGGGCGCUCCUUGAUGCCACUUAUCAAGUCUAUCAAGCUACGCCAGACGAAACCACUGUGAACAAGGUUCGCAAACAAACCGAAGAGAAUCUCAGCCUCGAUGAGGGAUUUCUCUCAAGUGCGGAGUGGAAGCAAAAAAGCAAAAGUCUGAUCAAGGAGCGAGUGGAGAAACUUAUGGAUGGAUGGAUUCCAGACAGCAAUAAAAAUGCAGAUUCAGAUGGAGAAGACAAAACUGGCGUGAAGCGCUCUUCUCCUGAUGCUGAAUCACCUGAACCAAAGCCCAAGCGCCAGAAGCGCGUCACAAUGCCCAAAUCAAAACCAAAGUCAAAAAAGGCGAACAAGAAGGAGGAGUCUGAUAUUGAAUCUGACCUUGAAUCUAAGCCCAGUGUAUCCAGCGAACUGAGCGAGCUGAGUGAUCUCAGCGAGGAGGAGAAACCCCAGAAGAAGCGAAAGCGAGCGGCGCCAAAGAAACCAGCACCAAAGCACAAGUCUAAAGCCGUUAAACCCGAAGGGGGGGACGAAGGGGACGAAGAGGACGAAGAGGAUGCGAUCAAAUCUGAACCUGAAGUGCCAGGGGAUAAUGACGAUGAGGUUGAGAAUGGAGAACUCAAAAGUGACAAGGCAACAACUUCAACAAAACCACAGAACCCAGAAGAUAGAGAGGAGGGUCCCAAAAGAGGUGAGAACAAGCCAGUUGUCGACGAGGAAGAAGAAUAUUCCGAUGUCAUCGAUGAGCCAGUAAAGCCCAAACGCAAGAAGAAGGAAAAGAAAGAGGCAGCCAGCAAGCCAGCAAAGGAUACCAAGGUUGCCGCAAAGAAAGUCACUACAUCUGACGACUCUAACACCGAGGAAAUCAAGCGACUGCAGGGUCAGCUUACGAAGUGUGGUGUUAGAAAGCUUUGGCACAACGAGCUGAAGAAAUACGGCGAUGAUGCCAAAGCAAAGAUUCGACACCUUAGGAAGAUGCUCACUGAUAUCGGAAUGGACGGCCGCUUCUCAGAAGCGAAGGCGCGCGAAAUCAAAGAGAGGCGAGAACUUCUGGCCGAGGUUGAAUCUGCGCAGGAGAUGAGUGCUCUCUGGGGUGUAGAGGGCCGUGGUCGUGCAAGCCGCAGCAAGAGCAAGAGUGCCAAGGUCGUUGAAAGCGGCGAUAGUGACGCCGAAGAAGACGACGGUGACGAGAAUAAUGAUGACGAAGAGGAAACGUAUGCUGCGAGACGCAAGAGAGCAAGGGCGGAUUUGGCGUUCCUGGGCGAUGAUGACAGUGAUUCCGAUUAAGGCCUAUGGGUAUUCUAUGCUUAUGAUUCACCUGUCUAUGUCGACGGUAUGUAAUUUAGGAACAUCAGGAUGCAUCACGAGAAACUUUGUACAAAAUGGUGUCUGGG